AUGCGUCUGAUUGAGUGGAGUAAUAGUCUGGUGAAGAGGAAGAAGAGAAAUUUAUCAAAACGAGAUGAUGAUGACGGAAAAAGAUCUCCGGGUCUCGGAGAUUCCCGGCCUUGCCGCAGUACCGAGAAUGGUAACAUUGAUGGCAGUGGUGGUGUUAAUGAUAAUAGUAAUGAUCUUCGGAAUCGUUCGGUUGGCAUCCGGUUGUCGGAAUUCGGACCGAAAUGGUUGAAUUUUUCCGAUCGACCGUCGGUGGAGUGCCAACACUAG